GCUCUUGCAACAGAAGGCUUCUUUUUCAAGACACUUAUUGCAUCAAAUGCAAUGUUUUGCUAAUGCACCAUUUUGACCUUUUUUUUUGCAUUUCCUUACCUGAUUACUCAACUGAUUUCGCCUGAGAAGAAGAUAAGUAAAAAGGCUGUGACUGGCUACGGACCAAAAAGCAGGAAAAUCUAUGGCAUGCCUCGGAACUGUGCUGGUGCACAAUCUGGCUCAGACUGGUCGAAACUGAGCAGUAUACGCAGAUUUGUUUGAGACCUGCAUGGGCCCUGGUUGAAUUGACGUGGAAGGACCCAUCUACUAAAACACACCAAAACAGUUAAUGAGGCGUGAAACAGAAGACAAUUAUUAGAGAAGAAGCUUGAAGACCAAUUUCAUUAUAUUACUGUUGGGAUUUCAGGCUUUUUCAUUAAUUUGAUAUUGACAAUUUCAGGCCAUAGGCAAGAUUUGCACAUGCUAUAUACAAGGCUUUAGAUGAAAAAUACCCCCUGAUAACAUCAGCAGUUAGAAGAUUAACAUAACCAUGCCACCCAUCAGACAGAUCAAAAGAUAGAAACUCAGUUUUGAAUUUGAGAGGUACUUGCAGGUCAGAAUGGAGUCAUUAAGUUUAGUUCAGGUGAAAGAAAAUCUAAUCGAGCUUGAGAAUUUGGUCAAGGAGGGCAAAGAUCAAAAUGAUGCUAAAGUCAAAGACAUGGAGGACAAGAUUCGCAUUGCUUUGGAUGUCCCAAGGGAAAGCUGGAUAAACACUGGACAAACUCUGAAGGAUGUCAUAGAAAAAGUACAUAAACUACUGGACGUUGUGCAGGAUUCAACGGUCUCAUCUGAGAUUAUUUCAGAUAAGGAUGUUCUGGAGAAUGCAUCUGGGGGUCUGGCUUUGGAAGGGGUUUACAAAACCAGAAAUUCUGAAGACUUGCUAAAGAGAAGAGAACAACUUAUUGAGAUUCCAGAUUCAUUUUCACUUUCUGGUCCUGUGCAAAGUACCAGGUACGAGCAGAAAGAAUUUUCAUCCCACAAAUCUGAAGCUGUUUAUCACAAAGUAAUGGAGAAACUGGGCCACAGCUUUAGCAGCUCAUUGAACAUUGGAUUCAAAGGCUUUGGUUUUGGCUCUGGAGUUGAGAAAAAUAAAUCUAAUGAGAUGGAGCAAACCAGUUCAAAUUUGCAAGAAGAGUCCUACAUCCUCCACACAAAGUACAACUACGUUCCACUUGCGUGUGGCAUUCUUCAGAAAGAUGAACUCAAACUUUCCAGUGGAGCUGUUAAUGCCCUCAGAGAAAUUGAAAAUGUAAUUUUGCUUUCUAAUGACCGCAAAACACAAACCAACACAAUCAGAAGUUUUUAUGAGAGAUUUGGGUCCCAUGUGAACCAAGGCCCUGUACACUUGGGUGGAGUUUUCUGGUGGAGAGCAUCUUCAUCAGGCUUCAGAAGUAAUGAUGUGUCAGAGAUAAAACAGCUGAUCUCUGAAUCACUGAAUGUUUACUCUAGUGCUGGAUUUGGAUUUGGUGCACUGUCUAUCUCAGCCAAAGUAGCAACAUCCUCCACACAGCUGAGGGGAUCUCUUACUGGGAAACACAGAGAAGACCUGAUGAGUAAUGUACAGCUGUCAGUCAGUAAAAUGGGUGGUCCUGCUGAGAUUGACAACCACUUGCAGUGGAAAGUCCUUCUUACUGCUAAUAACAGAACUUGGAGUAUUAUAGACAGAGGAACAACCCUGACUCCUAUCUGGGAGAUACUAAUGUCUUCUCACAGAGACGAUUUCAAUGAUGUGUCCAAUUUAGGCAGAAUAUUGAUGGAAGCAUAUACAGACAUCACUGGAGAAAAUGUGGAAGAGGUGUGGGGGGAAAACAUUCUUUCUGAAAUGGAAAAGGCAGAAACUCUGAUGCAGUCAGUAAAGACCUGGAGUGCCACUGACUGUGAUUCUCACUUGGCACAGUUGUUGGACUUCAAAACCUGGCUCUUUGAAAAAACAAGAUCUCACAAAAUCUGGCUGAAAUGUCUCUCUAAUGAAAUACUUCAAAAUUAUCUGUUUGAAGUGGCUACAGUAAACAGCAAAUCCACUGCUGUAAAUUUGAGAUGUCUGAUACGCUCUCUUUUGGAAGAUCAUUUUAAUGAAGUGGAAAACUUCCAAAACAGAAGAGAACUUAUGAAUUGGGCAUACCUAACAGAGGAAGACUUGAGUAAACAAGGUCAUGUGUCUCAUUUCUCAGAACUAGACAGAGUCUUUCAAUGUGCCAAACAAAAACUGGGAGACAGCAGACUCAUGCUUAGUUCUGCUGAACAAGAACACAAUGCAAAGAUGAAAACUACAAUGGCUGUAACUCUCUCUCUGAAUUCAUUUUGUAAGACUUUGCAAGAAAAAGAAGAGAAGGAAGUUGAACUGUUGGUCCUGUCCAUAAUAACAGUUAUAGGAUACAGUAGUGAACACAAAACAUUUGAUCAUAUUCUGGAUAUAAAUGAAAUCACAUUCCUGCAGUCUGAACUGCAGAGUGCAUUUAGCAGGUACACCUCUCUAAAAGAACAGUGUUCCAUUAGGGCUCAAGCGUACCUGUUGCUGACAGCUCUGACUGUGUCCACUGACAAAGAAAUCCAGAUUUCACCAAAGGCAAAAGAAGAGAGACUACAGGUAAUACAGACACAACUAAAGAACAAACUUUCACUUCCCCCUAAAGUUAUGGAGAAAAGGCACCAUGAUUGGGAAUCACUGGAAGGUGCAUUAAAUUCCAUCAUAACAGGCACCAAGAUGAGUGAUGGAAGUACAGUUGAGGAGGUAUUACGUCAGCUGGAAAAUAUAUCAGUGAAAGACGUGACACCUUUAUCGGAGCUUCAGAAAACAGAUGAAAAGAAUACAGCACUAUAUAACAAAGGUGAAAAAACAAGAAGCUUUAUGAAUUUGCUUAAAAAGGUUGGGCCUAGAAGACUUUUACCCUAAAAAGAUGACAAAAUCCAGGGUUCUUGUUAUGGAUGAGUUAUCUUUGAGUGUAAAAGAGCCGCAAACAGAGAAAGACUUGAGUUUCCUUUAUCUCUAUAAACUCAUGACAUUGGACUACAGAGCCAGGUAUCUAUUUGUAAAAUCAGAAGAAAUUAGCAUGGAUUUCGAGGAGGAUGUUGGAAAUGUUGAGGAUGAUGGUGAUGACUUCUUUGAUUGUGAUGAUAAAUCAGAUAUGGUGAUGAGCAGCAAACAGGCCCAGAUACACCCGAUGGAUUUGCACAUGGCCAUUUUCCACUGUUCCAGUGACUUCUUGCGACAGUACAUUUUCACAAAACUCUCCACUUGUCAGUUUAGCCUACCCUUCUUGGUACCCAACCCCUGUACAGAUGAAGUGGAAUUCCCUCUCUGGGCACUCCGACAUAUCAGGAAAACUUGGCACAGCAAAACUGCGUCUGACACCAGUGGGAAGUAUCAUAACAGACAAAUGUUCAACACACCUGUGCCAAUUAUUUCCUUUAUUAGACUAGGAGUUUCUGAUUUGAACUCCAAGUCUCAGAUGUUGGAUGGUCUCAUUAGCAAACAGAAGCACAGUGUGUUCUUCCACCGUCAUUGCAAAGGCAGCACUCCAGAUAGCCUGCUCAUGAAUGGAGUUGUAGAGAUUGCAUGGUACUGUCCUGGAGGGAAGAAGGAUGACACAUUUCAUGAUUGUGUGGCCUUUCUCAAUCUUCAUGGUAAUGCAGAGGAACAUCCAAAACAACUUGAGUUUCUUCAAGCAGUGAGUACUGUCAAUGUCCUUCUCCUUUCAGAGCAUUCUAUGAGUGAAACUGCCAAAAAGAUUUCCCAGGAUUUGUCCAAGUCUCCCGUCCCCUUGAUUUGCUUGUUCUCAGUGAGUGCUGGAAGAUGCACCCGUGGUGCCUUCAUGCAACUUGUAAAAGUGGACUCAAGCAUCAGAGAUGAACUGGGAUAUGACUAUGUCCUCAUUGUGGACACAGAGGGACUCAGAUCUCCAGAGCUCAGUACAAACAUAACACUGAACCAUGACAAUGAGCUUGCCACCUUCAUCAUUGGAAUUGGUGACAUGACAGUUAUCAAUAUCAUGGGGGAGAACCCUUCUGAGAUGCAUGACAUUCUUGAGAUUUGUGUACAGGCCUUCUUGAGAAUGAAGCAGGUUAAAAUCACACCUAGUUGUAUUUUUGUGCACCAGAAUGUUGCCGAAUCUUCAGCCGGAGAUAAAAAUAUUGAGGGUAGGAGACGACUCCUGGAGAAACUGGAUGAAAUGGCCGAAAUAGCAGCAAAACAGGAGAAUGCUGCUGAUAUCACUUGCUUCAGUGAUGUAAUACAGUUUGACAUUGAAACGCAAGUGUUCUACUUCAAAAAUCUUCUAGAGGGAGACCCUCCAAUGGCUCCACCAAAUUCUUCCUAUAGCCAGAAUGUUCAGGAACUCAAGAGCAAGAUUCUCGGAGUUGCAUCAUGGCAAGAGAAAAGUUCAUUUCCCUCACUUUCACAACUCAAAAACAGAGUGUCUGACCUUUGGACAGCACUCCUGCAGGAGAACUUUGUGUUCAGCUUCAAAAACACAGUUGAAAUGAUGGUGUACACUUCUUUGGAACAUAAAUAUUCAGAGUGGACAUGGACACUGAGGAAACAUUCACUGAACCUUCAGACUAAACUGGAGAAUCAAAUUGGCAGCAACUUGAUUCAGGAUGUGACCUUUCCGGAUCUGGCAAAAGAGUUUGACAAAGUCUACAACCCACUGAAGACUGAGAUAGAGAGGUAUUUCAGAGAAGACAAAAACAAGGAGACCCUUGUGAAGUGGAAGACAAAUAUUGACAUUCGCAUUGUAAACUUAAAGAGUGAGCUCAUCGAGGGGACUGUGAAGAAAUGUAAAGAAUUACUGACCUCAAAGCAAAACAGGAGACGCACCUACGACAAGGGGACGUCCACCGUCUCCAGAAUAGGCGUUUUAAGGUGGUAG